AUGCGCUCGCCAUCUUCACUUUCACAGCUAGAACCCCCAAAACCCAGGACUGGCAUUGGAUUUGAGACUUGGCUGAUUUCAAACACCGAAUCCCCUGGAAGCAGUCCACAGCCAGAUGCCAUUGGCUGCGUCGACCCCGAAGAAUGCGCUCGAGUCUGUGGGGCUGAAGUGGGCUGCUCCAACAUUGCCUACCCCAAACUGGUGAUUGAACUCAUGCCCAGUGGUCUGCGAGGGUUAAUGAUCGCAGUCAUGAUGGCUGCCCUGAUGUCAUCCCUGACCUCCAUCUUCAACAGCAGCAGCACCCUCUUCACCAUGGACAUUUGGCGGAAGGUCCGGAAAGAGCCCAGCGAGAAGGAGCUGCUUCUGGUCGGAAGGAUAGUCACAGUUGUCCUAGUGGUUGUUAGCGUAGUUUGGAUUCCCAUCCUGCAGAGCUCCAACAGCGGUCAACUCUACGUCUACAUCCAGUCUGUCACCAGCUACCUUGCCCCACCGGUCACGGCUGUCUUUCUGCUGGCUGUUUUCUGGAAGCGAGCCAAUGAACAGGGAGCUUUCUGGGGGUUGAUGGUGGGACUGGCCAUUGGCCUGAGCCGGAUGGCCUUGGAGUUUGCACACCCCAUGCCCCGCUGUGGCAUCCCGGACAGGCGUCCUUCUCUCGUGAAGGACGUCCACUAUCUUCACUUUGCGAUCCUCCUCUGCCUGCUGACUGCUGUGGUGGUGGUGGGCAUCAGCUUGCUGACUAGGCCCCCCGCCGAAUCCCAGGUCAAAUACAUGACUUGGUGGACCCUUCGGAGGGAGGAGACCCUUCCUCCCCAGCUCUCCAGACCCAAAUCGCCACCUGAGGAUGGCUUCUCCGGGACACAGAACGAUGAAAGCCACCCACGGAGUUGCUUAGGCAAUGGAACGGCCUGCAGCCCCUGUUUUAUGGAAGCAGAAAGGCCCCCAGGGAAGCCCCCUGGGGACAUGAUGGAAUCCCGCUUCUGGGCUCGGAUCUGCUGCAUAAAUGCUGUUGUCCUGAUCUGUGUCAACGUCUUUUUCUACGCUUAUUUCGCUUAAAGGACACCUUCUGGGAGUUUGUAAAAGAGGACAAGAAGCAGGUUGGCAUGGUAGGGGAGAUAAAAUUGGGAUGCAUGUGGAAGAAUAGAAAUAUUCUCUGAUUACCAGUGGACUGCUUUAUUUAUUUAAACAAUAGAUUUUGGCUACUAAUGGCUGUAGCUCAGUGGUAGAGCAUCUGCCUUGCGUGCAGAAGGUCCCAGGUUCAAUCCUGGCAUUUCCAGGCAGGGCUCAGAAUGUCACUUGCCUGAAACCCUGGAGAGCUGCUGCCAUUCAGUGUAGGCAAUACAGAGUCAGGAGGACCAAUGGCUUGACUCAGUAGAAGGCAUCUUCCUCAGUUCCUAUGAUUCCUAUAAUCCAAAGUGGGAAACUUCAGGAUGUUAUAGGGCAUUCCACUGGAGAUGACAUUGGACCUUUGGGCUAGUGUGUACAGAAACUUUUCUUCUGUAACUAUGGGGACUAGAAUCAUGUUUUUUUAAUUAAAUUAAAAACUGGCACAUUCAGUUGCAGAAAAUGGCCAUGAGCUGCAAACAGCUGAUAAAUACUUUAACUGAAGUCAGUUUAGCCUGGCUGUUUUAGAAGUUCCACAACACAGCGUUUGAAGACCGGACGUAGUAGCGAUUUCUGGCUUGGCAUGAGAGCGGCACAAGGACAGCCCUGCAUUGUUUUGCAACCUGUAUAAAACUCUGGCGAUCUCAGACUGGAGACUCUGGUGGCAGGGUUCCAACACAUUAACACCCUGAUGCCACUUGCAAGCAUGGGGAGUUGCUGCAGCGCCAGCACUGCUGAUGGGCAGAGGGCGGUAUCGUAGCUCCUAGCUUAGCAGACAUCGUAUUGGCUCUUUGUGUCAUGUGAUUCAUGCUGCAGCGUAGCAGCAGCACCACUACAGAUUGUCAUGAUUCACUACUAAGCAAGGGUGAUGGCCCAAGCAAGAGAAGGUCAGUCGUUCCUGGUUGGCAAGGUAAGGCAAGGGUCAGCACCUUGGAGAGCGAUGAAGGUGUGGCGGGUUUAGGACUACAGCUGAGGCCAAGCAUCCAAGUUGUUUCAGAAAGGUCCUGGAGGGAGCGGCUGGGUUUUAUAGCAGGAUAACAAGAUAAAAAGUGUGAAGCAUUCACUGGAAGCACAAAAAGGAGGUCAAAAACCAGAAUGCUGGAAAGAUGUGGCUUUAUUCUGUGCACAGUGACACCAAUAAUUUCUUGUAUAUAAAAAAGAAAUUUCUGUAUAAAAUAUGUUAAAGCCCAACGCGUUUUAUAGCAGGGCCAGGUAGUCAUUGUUUGGAGGCCCCACCCCUGAGUGCUGCCUCCUGGACACUUAAAGGGCUAGUGCGUUCUUCUGCAGGUGCCAGCUCCUUCAGGGCAAUGAGGUUUCCAACUGUGGAAGGAUCUCUUUUCAGGACUAUCUUGAUUCCCAAGGACCAAACCAGCUGUCAGAGUCUGGUGGCAGAGUUGUCUCCUUGGGGCUUUGGGGAGGGGGUGCUAGUCUAUACAGACCCACACAAAAUGGACCAGAGUGUGGAUCCAUUGGCUCCUUAGGUCUGCAGUUGCCAGAGGCCUCUUCCCUUGAGGAGCUCUGAUCUGGGGCCAUGAUGCCAAUGGCGGCAUUGCAGUUUCCAUCCUAGCAUGGAUCAUGUGACAGAAGGAGCCAAUGAGGUCCAAAUCUAGCUUAAUGAAGCUGCGGACUCUAGCUUGGCUUUCCAGUGUGAACAGCACAUUGCUCAGGCCUCAAAUGAGCUGCGUAUUUGUCAGUUUGACUGCACAUUUGUCCAUGGGCUAAUGCAUCAGCUUGACUGCCCACAUCUCUGCCUGCUUUUUAAUUUAAUUUAAUUAUUAUGAAACCACAUAAAGGAAUGCAAAGCAUAAGUGUAGCUAGCAUACAAAACCCAGCUAGAGGUCAUAAUUUUGGUACAUACACAAAAUCAUUACAUUAUGACAACCAAUUUGUAUAAUCAGGUUGUGGAUGUGUGCCAGUUCAAUAAAUCUCUCCACAUUGCACCAUGAGAGGUUGGUAGUUAUUUCACUGGGUGUUCCCUUCUGACAU